GGUUCGCGAGUCAGCUAGUGUAAAGACGGUAUUACCUCUCUAGGGCUGAUACAGAAGUGUUAUCACAAGAUGGCAGACGACGAGGGUUUGGCGAAACGCCUUCAGGCAGAGCUAGAUGCCGAAAAUGCCAAGGCACUGCAAAGCAAGCGCAACAUAGAGGUGACCGACGCGGAACUGGCGCAGCGCCUGCAGGCGGAGGCUGAUCUGGAGGCGGAAUUUGAAGCAGCCAAUCAGGCCAUGGAGGCAAAGACGAUGGAAGAAAGCAAGACGGGACCGGCGAAAUGACAUGCUCUUGUAUUACUUUGCGAAGCUGGGGGUUGCUGCAGUACAAGAGAUUGGGCAUCACCAGCUGCCACCCCUACGCUACCCGGAUGCUACCCAACUCCAGCAAAAGCAGUGUGGGAAACGCAGAGGUGCAGAGUGACGCGGAGAUGUGGCCCAUGGGUUAACUGGUACUAUGUCUUCUCUGCUGUCAUCAUGGUCCCCCCUGCUCACGGGAUGGUGCAGACCUCUGCGUAUACCUGCAGGUCAGGUUGCUGUUAAGUAGGGUCGCGCCCAAUGUCCCGUAGUUCAAUCGAGCACAUAUGGUCAAGUGAGUGCCUCCAGUAGACAGUAGUGUCAGGGAUGCAGUAGUGUCAUUGGAGUGAGGAGAAACGGUGGGACGCGCAGAGUACCCCUGAACAAAUGCGGUCGAUGACGGGCUGCUGUGCCAAAUGGACGAGUGCUGACGAGUGAAGUGGCAACCUGGAAGGCACGGCUGAGUGGAGGUUGGAAAGUUUCUUCGCUUAAUCAUCUUGACACGAUAUAUCAUACCUUGCGGAUUGCCAAGUUGCGCAGUGUCCAGACGCAACUAGCCAACUACAUGCAGGACGCUGACCGCUGACGGCCGGAUGCCGGGUUCAGUGACGGUUGCACCUAACGGCAUUGGAUGACUUUUAAUGGUUGUAGGAGUAGGGACAGUACUCCUGACGCUUUGCAAAGGAUGCGUACGUCCAUCCUUGCUCCUCCGCGGCUUUGACGGAGCCUACCAAACUCACUAACUCGUAAUGACAUGCCAGUCACUGCUCUAGCAGCGUCGCCGCUCUGCCCGUCACGUCGCACCCAGCGUGCCGCUUUAUCCCACCAAACAGUGCAGACGUGUACCAAUACACCGACCUUCCACGCAAGAACGAUACACGUUACCCGCUGGCCCACAUCAAGCAAGCGCCCAUACGCAUUUUGCAGCCACGUGACCAUUUCGCAUCCAACGCACACUGCAUCCACCACAAACUUCCGACCCCCGGCCUGGCAUCGG